ACAAUUGUUUCCUUGCAGUCAUCGCAUCUAUACUAGCAAAAUAGAAUGUUCAUCUUCUUCUUUGUGUUUGUGGCACUUGCGCCAAUAAUUUCGGUUAACAGCUUCCUACUGAACACAAACAGACCACUCUUGUCGAAUUUUUCCGGUCCAUCUUCCAGUUACGAUGCCAUUACAAUUGCUUACAUGCUUCAAAAGAUGGAUCUUUUGCAGCUGCAUAUUCAACAACAAAACAAAACGUUGGAGACGCAAGCUAACUUAAUUCAAAGUCUUUUGAAUUUAACACAACAGUCUCCAUCAACACAAAGUCUUCGUAGUGAAAUUUCUAUUCUUCAGGUCUAUGUCCAGCGAAUCAUGGAUGAAUAUCAUAGACUCACCAAUAUUUCCAACGCAACCGAUCUGGCAAUCAAAAUUAACAACAUGGCAAACUCCGUCCACUCCCUUUCCACAUCGUUGGUUGUGCAAGAAAAUAAGAUAAAUAGCGCUGAAGCUGAAUUCAGGCGACAAAUAAGCAUUUUGAAUGGGACAAUUUCGAACACUCUUUUGCAUACGACCAGCCAAGUUACUACCAACAAAAAUUCAAUCUCUGCAAUCCAACAGUCUUUGAACACACUCUCGUCUAAAGAGCACAGCAAUGAGAAUCGACUUGCAACUUUGUCAAGUGACCUACAUACUACGCAGAACAGUUUAAGUUCUCUUCAGAGCACAGUGUCUCAAAAUCAACAACAUACAUCACACCAACUAUCAGUACUAUCGACACAAUAUUCUUCAGUAUCUGGAAGGGUUUCUGAUACACUCUCACGGCUUAAUACUAAUAUUACAAGUAUGGAUUCCCGUGUACACAAUUUGGAAGUGGAAGUUAUUACUGGUGUAAGACUUGUUGGUGGGAGAUACACUGGAGAGGGGCGAGUAGAAGUCAAGUACCAUAACGGCUGGGGAACUGUCUGUGAUGAUGGUUUUACUGACACUAACGCUCAAGUUGUUUGUCGCCAGCUGGGAUUUGCAUGGUCGGGUGCCAUCCAAAAGCAGAGUGCAUCAUUUGGACAAGGUAUAGGAACAAUCGUAUUAGAUGAUGUCACAUGUAGAGGACCAGAAAAGUCCAUAGCAAGUUGUCAGCAUCAAGGAUUUACAAAGAACAACUGUAACCAUGGUGAAGACGUCGGCGUUGUGUGCUUUUUAUACAUCCAGCAGCAGGAGUGUGGCUAA